GGCGGAAGUCACAAUGGCGGCGGCCUUGGCUAGGCUCGGGCUCCGGGUGGUUAAGGAGGUUCGUGUUCAGUUCUGUCCCUUCGAGAAGAACGUGGAAUCUACAAGGACCUUCCUCCAGGCGGUGAGCAGCGAGAAGGUCCGCGCCACCAACCUCAACUGCGUGGUGACUGUGGACGUGAGGCACGACGGCUCCGAACCCUGCGUGGACGUGCUGUUCGAAGACGGACGCCGCCUGAUUAUGCGCGGCUUCCACCUCACCGCCCAGGAAAUGCUUACUGCCUUCAUCGCUCACAUCCACGCGAAGGGCGCCGGUACCGGGCGGAACUGACAGCGAGGAAGAGGCCAACAGACAGAUUUUAGCCUGAAACGUAAGAAGAGCUUGACCUCAUCAUUCAGAUCACUAUCUGGAGGGCCAAGGAGCACACCCCUCUCACCCACCCUCCUCCCUCCUCCCUCCAAAGAAGCCCUGCGGCUGUAAAUCCAACCAGUGUUUCUGGGAUGAGAGAGAAUCGUAGAGGAGUGUGGACGAA